AGCUAGCGAGGAGCAAGUACCUGUCAAAUUCCGACUUGUAUGAGAGUCGUGUGUAAAUUGUACAAAAAUGAUUCUUGUCACACAAUUUUAUUAAUUUAAAAGUGAUGUAUGCCUGGGCGAAUUCGUAUACAACUAAAUUAUCUUGGUGCUUAACAAACAGCGUUUACGCUCACUACCGACACCAUGGUGCAGUGUCAUCCACCGUUGGAGCUGGAAGAAUUGCCAAAAGAAGACGAAGAAAGAUUAGAAAAACUAUUUUCUAAAUUAGAUACCGAUGGGAAUGGUAAAAUUGAUAUCCACGAUUUGUCUGUCGCCCUAAAGGAACUUGCACCACACAUCAAUCGAAGUUAUGCAGAGAAAUUUAUAGCGAAGUCGGGAUGGAAAGAAGCGGGUGAUGUAACACUCUCCGAGUUCAUACACUAUGUGCGUGAACAUGAGAAAAAUCUUAGGCUGCAGUUCUCACAUCUCGAUAAAAAUAAAGAUGGAAAAGUUGAUCUGGAGGAACUUAUAUCGGCGUUUGCGGAUCUGGGUAUAGCAAUUGGAAGAAAUGAGGCAACAAAUCUCUUAAAGAGGAUGGACCAGGACGGCAGCCUGAACAUUAGCUAUGAUGAGUGGCGCGACUACCUACUGCUUGCGCCCGCGACAGAUAUUCAUGCUCUCAUACAUUUCUGGAGACAUUCCACGUAUUUGGACAUCGGUGAAGACAUGAAUGUGCCCGAUGACUUCACACAAAGCGAACUGCAAACCGGGAAGUGGUGGCGCCAUCUGCUGGCCGGGGGCAUCGCCGGCGCCGUUAGCAGGACGUGCACGGCGCCCUUAGAUAGACUCAAAGUAUUUCUACAGGUGAAUCCGACAAGAGAAAAUAUGGCCAGAUGUUUAGCGAAAAUGAUUAGCGAAGGUGGCGUUAGUGGUUUAUGGCGCGGUAAUGGUAUAAAUGUGAUCAAGAUAGCUCCAGAAUCCGCUUUGAAGUUUGCCGCGUACGAGCAAGUGAAGCGUUUAAUAAAGGGGGACAAGAAGAACCAUCCGCUAGCAAUACAUGAGCGAUUCGUCGCUGGCGCAACCGCCGGUGCGAUCAGUCAAACUGUGAUCUACCCAUUAGAGGUGCUAAAGACAAGAUUAGCUUUAAGAAAAACUGGGCAAUAUAGCGGCAUAUUAGAUGCGGCGAAAAAAAUUUAUGCCAGAGAAGGCCUUAAAUGCUUCUACAAAGGUUACAUUCCAAACAUAUUGGGGAUAGUACCGUACGCUGGCAUCGACUUGGCUGUGUAUGAGACUUUAAAGAAGAAGUACAUAAGCAAGUACCAGGCACAUAAUGGCCAGCCCGGCAUGCUGCUGCUGCUUGCCUGCGGCAGUGCCUCCUGCACGCUCGGUCAGGUCUGCUCCUACCCCUUGGCUCUAGUACGGACCAGAUUGCAGGCACAAGAGAAAGCAGCAAAAGGAGCCGAGGGCACAAUGCGAGGCGUAUUCCGAGACAUCGUGCAACGCGAGGGGGUGGUGGGCCUGUACCGUGGGAUAACGCCCAACUUCAUCAAAGUGAUCCCCGCCGUCUCCAUCUCUUACGUGGUGUACGAAUACGCGAGCCGCUCGCUAGGUGUCAACAUGACGUGAUCGCCUGCGCCUGCGCACCGCACGCCUCCGCCAUCUCGUUACAUUCUAUUUUAAGCAUAUUAGCAAAUUUUUGCAUUUGAUUGUAAAUAGCUCUCCAGUAUGUUAAGUUUAUAAUUUAUUAUGAUUUAAAACAUGUGUAUGGUAAACCUCCAUCUCGAGACGCUAUCAAUAGAUGGAUAAUGUAAUGUAAAUUUGCGUAAUGUUUGCCUUUGUUGAAUGUUUAUAACUGUGGUCUCGUUUGUACAAGUGGCGACCCUACGUCUGUGAUUGUAUGAGGUGUUACUUUUUAUUUAAUUUAUUUAAUUUUGAUUUGCUUUUCUAAUUUCGUUGACUGUUGACAACGCUAAAAUACUAGGUCGAUAAUAUAACGGUUGUACGCAAUUUUACAAAUAUUAAAAGUGAAAUAGAUUUUAGUAAUAUGAUGUUCAAAGACAAUAUCGUAUUUACAUUAUUUCUACUGUUCUAUACACAAUUAUAGAAUUGUUAGAAGUUUAUGUGCAAAUGUUUAAAAAUAUAAUCAUGUUAUUGAGUAAUCAACUCAAGUAACAAAAUUUAAAGACAAUUUUAGGAGAAGGUACACAGAUAUCUGUGAUCAGUAGUAUUAAAGCGUUACGUGAACAGAGAUUAUUUAACUAAAGCUAUGAGCGAAUUUAGUACAGACAAUGAUGAACUAUUUGUAUACAUCCAUACGUAAAUAGACUAUUUUGUAAACGCGAACAUGCAACUGCCAUUAAAAGCAAAUGAAAUAUUUAUAUUUUUUUACAUAAU